AUGACCAUACAGACGGGAAACCAAGAAAUCUCCACUUCGCGAUUCUCGAGGAAAACCCAAAACCAGGGCUUUCUUUGCUUUCCAUCUUUCGCUUCAACACAAGAUUAGAGUCUGUUUUCUACAGCUUUCUUUAACCCUCUUUUCACUUCGGUCCCAGCUUCCUUUCUCUCACAUCGUAUGCUUUACGUUUCGCCUCUUCUCGCCGGAAAAUCUUCUCACUGUCUCCGUUGCUACACCCAUUUCAUUUCAACCUACAAAGAUUCCACUCACUACUUCGAUUACACCUACUUUUGAUUCAAAAAUCCUUCAUAAUGCUUCAUGGUUUUUUCAAAAAUCGAGUUGCAUUACUUUUCGCGAUUUGGGAAAAGAGUCAAGUUUUUGGUGGGUUUCUUUAAUCGACCGUCGUAAAGAUUCGAACAACUUCAAUGCCUCGUGUUAGAGAGACUUUUGCUCAUUUAUCUUUAUGAUUUGACCUGAAUUAAAUUGUGGGUCCUGGAAAGAAAAUCCAAACUUUGAUGGAGCAUUCUGGUUCGGCUAGUUCAUCAGUAGCUGGAACCAGUGGCCGUUCAGUGGCUUUCGAGAUUGAUCUUAACGAAGCACCCCUUCCGUCUCCCCGAGAAAUUGUCGGUGGCGGUGUUUUUGCGGCGGAGCACCGAUGCGGUUCUUGUGGCGAACUGGAAGGGGCCAUGGUGAUAUGCGGUGAUUGUGGGAGACGAUUUCAUGUCGAGUGUUUGGGCGUGAGAGAAGAGCAAAGGGAAUGGAAGUGUUUCGAGUGUUUGAUAGAAUGCCGCAGUGGGAGGAGGAUCUCGUUAACUGCCGGCGGCGGGUGUGGUUCAGGGCUUUUUGACAUGAAUUCGUCUCCGCCAAAAGAGGCCGACGGUGUCGAGGAGGAUUAUUUCGUCAAUUCAGAGCUCGUAUUAGCAGCAAGCUUCCCCAAUCCCAAAAUGCAGGAUAUGAGGCGUAACCCUUUUUUUGGCUUUACUUUAAGCUCUCAGAUGGCUCAUCCAGAUAUGAGACUCAUAGCAAGUGGAUUUCCUUCUCAAAAUCCAGCACGUUUUGCACACAUGAAUCUUGAAACUGCAACACAAAAAGGCAACUUAGUAUAUCUUCAAGCACUUAAAGACUACAUAUCUGAAAAACGAGGUGUUUUAGGAGAUGGGUGGCGUGUUAAAUUCGAAUAUUCAGAAAAAAAUUACAAAACUUCUGCAGUUUACUUCGCCCCAGAUGGAAAACGAUUUGAUUCAAUGUCAGAAGUUGCUCACCACCUCGGUUUGAUUCCUGCAUAUAAUUCCUUUGAGAAAGACGAAAAGGGUAGUGGGAUUGUUAUAUUGCAAAAAGGAUCACAUUCUACAAAAAGAACAAAGAGAGGAAGUAACCUCAAGAAAGAUAGUAAUGUGGCAAAUUGGACACAUGGGUCACAAUCUUUUCUUGAUGGUUUUCCUGUUCAGUUUGAAGACCUUUUUGUUAUGUCAGUUGGAAAAAUCGAUCCACACCUUUCAUUUCACAAUACCUCUCAAAUCUGGCCCAUUGGUUAUCAAUCUAUCUGGCAUGAUAGAUUUACAGGGUCCAUUUUCAUCCAUAAUGUUUUAGAAGGUGGAGAUUCUGGCCCGAUUUUUCGGAUACAUAGAUACCCAUGCACUAAUCAAUCAAUUCCAUAUGCUUCAAAAGUGUUAUGCAUUACAAAAUGUGAGUCAACACAUGAUGAUGAUGAUACAAACAUUCACCUUAUGCUCACAGACGAUUCUCCUCCACCUCACCUUGAUGAUGAUAAAUCUUCAUGUUCUUUAAAGAUAACUUCAAAACCCGAAAAUAAUCUUCAAAAUGAUGUGAUUGGUGAGUUUAUAGUUGAGGAAAGAUCGAUAACAUCCGCUUGGAAAAAAGCUGUGGAAAGUUUACUAAAAGCAUGCCGUGAGGCUUAUAGGGGUAAAAACGUCCUAAAUUUUUGCUGCAACCAUCGAGUUGAUGAACAAUAUCUUGGACCAACAUCCGAUUUUGAAUCAUUAAGGAAGUUUUGUUACUUAGCGGGCCCGGUCAACAGCAUCCCGGAUAAGAUUUUGACCAUUGAUGAGCUUGAAGCUUGUUUACAAGAGCUGAGAAAAUGGUUAGAAGUUGAUAGAUUUGGUUUAGAUGUUGAGUUUGUGCAAGAACUUAUAGAACAGCUUCCUGGGGUUAGUUCUUGUUCAAAUUAUAAAUCUUUGAAUGCAAGAUGUGAAGGCUCAAGCUCACAAACUAUUGGAAGUGGGUUCUUUAUGGCUUUGAGUAAAAACGGUUUACAACAUUCAGCAGUUUCUAAUAGUAUGAGAAGAUCCCACAAAAGACAAAGUCCACCUGGCAAUUUGGUUGCCUCAAAUCUUCCUCCUCAUUUGAUUGGUGAUGUUAUUCAGGCGUAUGAAAUCUGUUUAAGGUUUUAUGAAGUUUUGGGUUUGGAUGCACCAGUCUCUAGACACGUUUUGGAAAACGAGUUGAUGAAUCCAUGGAUUGAUAAUUUAAAGCCAAUGAAAAGAUCUUUGAAUGAUCUUCAAAAAGACACGAUAAUGAAAGCAUGUGAAGUCAACAAACCGGAUGAUGAUGUCAGCGAAGAUUCUGAUGCAACAGAAGAAUGCGAGGAAGAAGGUUAUCGAGCAGAAGCAGCUAGCAAAUGUACAGGUGUCCAACUGUCAAAGUUCCACAUGUCACUACUGAAAGUGUUGAUAGAAGACAUGUUAGCAAAAGUUAAGGAAAUCUUUGAUCCGUUUGGUGUUGUGGAGUCAAAGUCAAGAAAAGGGAAGAAGAAAGAUGCUGAGGUGGCAGGUGUUGGGAAGAAGAUAAAUCUUGAUAUGUUUCCAGUGAAUGAAUUUACAUGGCCUGAAGUUGCCCGAAGAUUUAUUUUGGUGGCAUUGUGUAUGGAUGGAAACCUUGAAUCAUCAGAGCUUUUGACUCAUGAAUGUGGAAAAGUGUUUCAUUGUUUGAAUGGUGAUGGAGGCACACUUUGUGGUUCACUUACUGGAGUAGCUGCAAUGGAGGCUGAUGCCAUGGUUCUUGCAGAAGCUUCCAAGAAAUUAUUUUCAUCAAUGAACAAUAAAGUUGUGGACUUUAUCAUAGAUCAAAAAGAUGAUACAGGAGACUCAAUCAAAGACACAAACAUGAUUGAUGAUGAUUCCCCUGAAUGGACACAAGCUCUAGAACCUGUAAGAAAACUACCCACAAAUGUAGGUGCAAGAAUCAGAAGAUGCAUUCAUGAAUCUCUAAACAAAAAUCCACCCGACUGGGCUAAAGACAUUCUAGAACAUUCCAUAAGCAAGGAAGUCUACAAAGGCAAUGCAUCAGGACCCACAAAGAGGGCAGUUAUAUUGGUUCUUGAGAGAAUGAGAGUGGAAAACCCUCUACAGAAGCCGAUUAUUGAGAAGAAAGAGAAGGAAAAAAGUGGUGUGAGGACGCUUUCUGAUGCUGUUAUGAAAAAGUGUCGCAUAGUGUUACGUUGUGUUGCUAAUGCAGAUGAAGAUAGGAUAUUUUUUAAUCUUUUGGCAAAAACUAAUUUGAAGCCAAAUGAUCCUGAUGAUACAGGGGUACUUGGGUACCCUGCAAUGGUUUCUCGUCCAUUGGAUUUUAGGACAAUUGAUCUUAGAUUAGCUGCAGGGUUCUAUGUUACUUCACAUGAAUCUUUCAUUGAGGAUGUUCGUGAGGUUUGGCAAAAUUUACGAAUAGCUUAUCGGGAUUAUCCUGAUCACAUGGAGUUGAUUGAAACACUAUCAAAAAAAUUUGAAGAAUCGUAUGAAGAAGAGGUACUUAACCUAUUCAAUCGAAUCAUGGAAAACGGGAAUAGUUUUGACUCAUCAAGUGAAGAAGGGAAAAAAGAGUUAAACUCUCUACUCCUUGAAACAACGGAAUCCCCAAUUCCCCCUGCACCAUGGGAGGAUGGGGUAUGCAAAGUAUGUGGGAUGGAUAAAGAUGAUGAUAGUGUAUUACUAUGUGAUAAAUGUGAUUCCGAAUACCAUACGUAUUGUUUAGAUCCUCCACUUGCAAGAAUCCCUGAUGGGAAUUGGUAUUGCCCUUCAUGCAAAUCAACUCAACCCGUGCCACAAGAUGAGAGGUGUGGGACCCGCGCACUAUGUCGCUUACGUGGCAAGAAGAAACUUCAAAAGGAAUUUACUCGGAAUUUAAUGGAGAUUUUGGCUCCAUUAGCAGAUACAAUGGAGCUGAUGGAGUAUUGGGAAUUAGGCAUUGAAGAGAGAGUUUUCCUUUUCAAAUUCCUAUGUGAUGAGGUCUUGAACUCGGGAGUUGUCCGAAACCACAUCAGUCCUGACUCAGGUGAUUCUGAAAAGAAGCUGCGAAAGCUCUACAAAGAAUUAAAAAAUCAAAAUAAAAAAGAGAAAGAGAAAGAAAGCGAAGAUACAUGUCAAGAAGAGCAGUUAUCUGUUUCUAAAUCUGGUGAUAUUCAAAGUCAAAUAAAGAAAGAAGAAAAUGACGAAAACAAACAUGCGGGACCCAUGAAAACAGGCCAGGCUCAAGAAUCGGGUUGUGGGGUUUCUUCUUUACAAGAAAAGAUUGCAACUUUGGAGUCAAAAAUAGCAAGACCCGUUGUUAGAAGAGAUUAUUUGGGUCGGGAUUUACUUGGAAGACUUUAUUGGAUCCUUAGCAGCCCUGAACGGGUUGUUGUGUCGGGCCCACCUAGUCGUAGGAAUGAAGGUGAAAUUACCAAAAUGCCCGAAAUGUAUGAUAAUGACUCUCUUUGGACUUGCUAUGAAUCCGAUGCGGAAAUCCAAGAGCUCAUUGGGUGGUUGAGAGAUGAUGAUACAAAAGAGAAAGAACUCAAAGAGACAAUCCGACAGUGGCACAUGAAUCGAGUAAAUGACGUAAACGCCCUUGAAAACCAUGUUCAAACUGUCGAUGAUAAUCCCGUGUAUGGCACCAAGGCAAGGGCAGCGUUGGAAAAGAAGUUUGGUUCUUUCUCGAAAAAGAACGGGUGCAAGGGUAAAAUGGUCAAGAACGGGAAAUUAUAUAGGUGUGAUUGUUUGGAGUUAGCGGGGCCUACCCGACACCAUUGUUCUUCAUGUCAUUGGACGUUUUUGACCAACGAGGAGCUCGAAGGGCAUAAUGAUGGAAAAUGUCACAAUCGUCAAGAAUGUGAGGGUCCCACAAAGGGUAAAAAGGUCAAGUUAGUCAAACCGCAGGCUUUGACCAAUCAUGAAGAAUCUGAUUCGCCAUUUGUUUUUGAAGAAAUUCGGGCCAAGUUUUGUACACGGAGUUCUCUUAAAGAAGAAGUCAAAGAAAUCGGUCUUAUCGGGUCAAACGGGACUCCAUCAUUUGUAUACCCACAAGACAGUAAUUCCGCUUUAUUAUUAUUUUCCGAAACGAAAAAAUUGGUUAAUUCCCAAAACGGGUCAACAGAUAUUCUUCUAUUGGGUACAAAUGAGACACCAUCUAAGGUUGAAAGAUUGAAACCCAAGGGUACAAGUGGAAAAUCAUUGUUGAAGAAUAGAAGCUCAUUGAGAAUAUGCCAAUCUUCUUUGAAGCCGUUAACGGGCCGUGUUGUUGAAAUUCUUAGGUGUCUUAAGAUUAAUUUGUUUGAUAUGGAAACUGCGCUUCCGGAAGAUUCUUUGAGACCUUCAAGAGGAGGCUUGGAUCGCUUACGUGCUUGGCGUAGUUUGGUAAAAUCUUCACAAUCAAUCUAUGAGAUGGUGCAAGCAACACUCAUGUUAGAGGACAUGAUUAAAACAGAAUACUUAAGAAAAGAAUGGUGGUAUUGGUCAUCCCCUUCAACCGCUGCUAAAAUCUCAAAUAUUUCAGCUCUUGCUUUACGAAUAUACGCCCUUGAUGCAGCCAUUUAUUACGAAAAACCCCCGACACCCAAUCUAGACCCCACAGAACCCCUAACACCCAACAGUUCCAAAUCUGAAAAGAAGACUUCUGAAAAGUCAAAUGCUAAAGACUCCUCGGAAAAGUCAACCCCAAAGAACAGUCAAAGUCAAAGGGCAAGCAGCUCACCUGUGACAACCGAGGGUUCAAGGCCUAAAACCAGAUCAAAGAAGAGGAUGAGGGAUUCUGAUACUUGAUCAAAUUAGAGUUGCUUUUCUUUUUAGACUUUGUAAAUGCUAGAAGAUGGGCUUCAUUCAUUGAUCAUAUAGAAGUUGAAAUGAAACAUGUGUAGUUUUGUGUUGUAAAUAUUUGUUUGAAUGUUGUUGAGUUGGAAAACAACCAUGGUGAUUUCUUGAGGAUUAACAUUGUUUUGGAACUA